GCUUAAAAAAAUUUCCUGACUUAAAAACUCACAAAUCCCCAGAAAUUUAUACUCUCAGCAAUUCUUUCUCCUGUUUUUGUUUCCCAAUUACGCGUAAUUAUUAAUCGAUCAAAUAAAAAACGACGGAAAGGUUUGACGAAUCUUCUUCGUAAAUCUGCAGCAGCUGCUUCCCCACCGGGUCAAUCGACUCGUUUACUUUUCUACGGUCUUCUCUCCACAGAUAAAACUUUGAUAUUUCAGCAGCAAUAAUGGCAAGGAGAGAGGUACACGUAAGAAGACAAAUCGUUUCUGUUUGAUAUUAUUCUCUGUCUGAUUUACUUAAAUACCCACACAAGUCGAGAAGCUUUUCUUUCUUUCUUUCUUUCUUUGUGUUCGAGAAGCAGAGAGGGUUCCAGAAGCAAUAUAAAAGGUUGUUCCUUUUUUUACUUAUCUGAUUAAGUGAGAUUUUAAUGUUAAAAGGGUUUCUAGAUUCGUUGAAUUUUAAAGGGGUUUAUGGUUUUGAGGGCUUCUUAGAAGCUUUUAGUAUCAUUUUGAGAAACAGUGGUGAGGUUUUGGGGUUUUUGUUUCAAGUUCAAAACUUUCUUUUCUUUUAAGGGAAUUUUGGGUUUUGGGUUUUGAAUCUUAUCCAGUUUUGAUCGAAACUAGUGAGUCCUUUAACUCUAGUUUAUGUGUACUAAAGUUAUUGACUUGAAAAGGUUUUAUCUUUUGGUUCUUGAAGCUUAUAGUUGAUAUAAAAGACUCUCUCUUGCUCUGCUUUUUUUGAGUGUGAUUUGUAUAGCUUUUUGUGGCAGUAGAUUGAAUCAAGGAGUUGAAAGUUUUAAAAGAUUUUGAAAGUGUUUUAGAGAUGGAUGAGAAUAAUCAUGGAGGUUCAUCAAGCUCACUACCACCUUUUCUUACAAAAACAUAUGAGAUGGUUGAUGAUUCUUCAUCGGAUUCGAUCGUCUCGUGGAGUCAAAGCAACAAGAGUUUCAUCGUUUGGAAUCCUCCGGAGUUUUCUAGAGAUCUUCUUCCGAGAUUCUUUAAACACAAUAACUUCUCAAGUUUUAUCCGUCAGCUUAACACAUAUGGUUUUAGAAAAGCUGAUCCUGAGCAGUGGGAAUUUGCAAAUGAUGAUUUUGUGAGAGGUCAACCUCAUCUUAUGAAGAACAUUCGUAGACGCAAACCUGUUCAUAGCCACUCUUUACCGAAUCUUCAAGCUCAGCAAAACCUCUUGACGGAUUCAGAACGAGUAAGGAUGAAGAAUCAGAUCGAGAGAUUGACGAAAGAGAAAGAAGGGUUGCUUGAAGAGUUACAAAAGCAAGAUGAGGAACGUGAAGGGUUUGAGAUGCAAGUGAAAGAACUAAAAGAACGGUUACAACACAUGGAGAAGCGUCAGAAAACAAUGGUUUCGUUUGUUUCUCAAGUACUUGAAAAACCAGGGCUUGCUUUGAACCUCUCACCGUGUGUUCCCGAACCAAACGAGAGGAAAAGAAGGUUCCCUAGGAUCGGGUUCUUGCCUGAUGAACCGAUGAUGGAAGAGAACCAAACAUGUGUUGUUGUGAGAGAGGAAGGUUCUACAAGCCCGUCUUCACACACAACAGAGCAGCAGGUGGAACAGUUAGGGUCAUCAAUAGCGAUUUGGGAGAAUCUUGUAUCGGAUUCUUGUGAGAGUAUGUUACAAACAAGAAGCAUGAUGACACUUGAUGUGGAUGACUCGUCUACUUGUCCAGAAAGCCCUCCUCUUUCUUGCAUACAGUUAAGUAUCGAUAAACGUCCCAAAUCUCCUCCUUCACCAAGGAUCAUCGACAUGAACUCUGAGCCCGAUGUUACGAAAGAACAGAACAACACUGUUGCUGCUGCAGCUGCUCCUCCUCCUUCAGUAGCAGGAGCGAAUGAUGUUUUCUGGCAGCAGUUCUUCUCAGAGAAUCCUGGCUCAACUGAGCAACGGGAUAAAGCUGAAGAUCGUAGUGAGAAAUCGUGGUGGAACUCAAGGAAUGUAAAUACAAUUACAGAACAGCUUGGACAUCUGACUUCUUCAGAGAGAAGUUGAUAAAGUCAAAGAUUAAAAACUCUUUAGUCUGUUUUAGUUUCUUGUAAAAUAGGUUUUGGCAGUUUUGUUGUCUUCAGUUUAUAGUAUUUGGAUCUGGUUCGGCUGUUUAUGAUCACAUGUAUGUUCGGACUAGGAGCUUAACCGAAAAACUUAUUAAUGGAUUCAAACAAAAAGCAGAAAGAGAUGGUAAA